CGAAUCUACCGAAUAUGUAAAGAUGGAUGUUAGUUGGAACUCAAUCCUGAUAACAAAACAGAGAAAAAAAAAUAGCAUUCAACGUCGACACAAAGUGAUAGAAGUUGAAAUGAGAUAUUGGCAGUGAAAGAGUGGACUAAGGCUUGCCAGUAGUGUUGAGUGAACUGAACGCCCCCGCGCACCGCUUGACAAGCUCUUCCUGAGGCAUGAGCGCUAAGCGCCACGCGUAUCUGGGUCACUGUAUUUGGACUGCAGCCGCCACUUUCUUGGUACUUGCUUUCGACGGUCAUAUCGCAGACUAGAAGCUCGUCUUAGGAGCAUAUAUUGUAGGUUUAUAGUAUAGCAAUUAUAACCUCUGAAGAUACUGAAACAAAUAGAUAAUCAUCAGAUCUACUGAGCCACUUUCACCUCUAGUGCGCUCACCAGAAUGGACGAAGAUGAUGCCGAGUACAUGCAAGGAAGUGACGAUGAGGACUACGGUUUCGACUACUCGGACGACGACGACGAUGCCAACCAGGCCGGCAGCGCGGAUGUCGAGAAUAUGUACUAUACUGCGAAAUCAAAGAAAGAGGACAACCCAGAACAAGCCGUAAAGGAAUUCCGCGCGAUAGUGGACCAAGAGGAGGAGAAAGGAGACUGGGGAUUCAAAGCUCUGAAGCAAAUGACGAAGCUCCUCUUCCUAACUCUUCAUAGGCCUACCGAGGCACUCCAGACGUAUAUUGAACUAUUAUCGUACACAAAGUCAGCUGUAACACGAAACUACUCCGAGAAGACUAUCAAUGGCAUCCUAGACUAUGUCGGUGGCGGUAAAUCUGGUCCCGUAGAUGUCAAUACUCUGGAGAGAUUCUAUCAGGCGACGAAAUCUGCGCUUCAAGAGGCGAAGAACGAGAGGCUAUCGGUCAAGACUAAUCUCAAGCUAGCGAAGCUAUGGCUUGAUCGCAAGGAGUAUGGCAGACUAUCAAAGCUCAUCCGCGAUUUGCAUGCAUCAACCGUCGGCGCAGAUGGUGAAGAUGUUGCCCAGAAAGGUACUCAGCUUCUUGAGAUAUACGCUCUCGAAAUCCAGAUGUACAACGAGACCAAGAACUAUAAGAAGCUAAAGGAAAUCUACAACGCCUCUAACUCUGUCAGGUCCGCAAUUCCUCACCCUCGAAUCAUGGGUGUCAUCAAAGAAUGUGGCGGCAAGAUGUGGAUGGGCGAACGCCAAUGGCGGCGAGCAGGCGAAGAUUUCUUCGAAUCUUUCCGCAACUAUGAUGAGGCAGGCUCACCUCAACGAAUACAAGUUCUUAAGUACCUCGUUCUCGCCAACAUGCUGACAGGAAGCGAAGUCAAUCCUUUCGACAGUCAAGAGACAAAGCCAUACAAGAAUGACCCUCAGAUCAAGGCUAUGACAGACCUUGUAGACGCAUAUCAACGUCGUGAAGUUCAUGUGGCGGAGAAGAUUUUGCGGGACAACCGGGCAACAAUCAUGGACGACCCGUUCAUCCGAUCUUACAUUGGCGAUCUUCUACGAAGUCUCCGGACGCAAUACCUUAUUGACCUCAUAAGGCCAUAUACACGACUUGAACUGACAUUCCUGGCUAAGCAACUGAAUGUUGAGAGAGACGAAGUGGAAGAGCUGUUGAUCGGCUUGAUCCUGGAAGGCAAGGUAGAGGGACGCAUCGACCAAGUUGCCAUGCGGCUAGAACUCGACCGCAAACAAGUCUUGGAGAAGAAGCGGUACAAUGCGUUGGAGAAGUGGACGGUCGCGCUAGAAUCCGUUCAUGCAGCGGUCGUAGGAAAGAGUCCAAUGAGUGGAGGACGUAGUGGCGGCGGAGAUGUACCUUACGGAUAUCCUCCUGAAGCCUUUGGUAGUCUAAGAGACUUUGGAAGAUAUGAUGUUUACUAGGUGAUUUGGAGUCGAUUCUUUCUAUAGUUGUGUCUCUCGUUGUAUCAAUGCUCAUCCCGCAUGUCUGUCUUAUUGCAAUUGUUCACUAGUGUUCUCUCCAUGCAUUAGAAAAUUAGAUGUAUACGAGAUGGCAAAGAUGAAAGCAAAGAUGGGGCCCAUAUACACAACAGUUUUCCUGUGAACAUGCCCAUUGGGAGAGAUGGAGGGAGACGAGGCCGAUACCUAAAGGAUAGGCUUCAAGAGAUUAUUUAGACCAACGAAAACUACGAGGCUUACCUCAGCUGCUGGAUCGCAGUGUUGGCUGGUAGUCGUAAUUCCAGCCACCGGUGGGAGGUGUAUCCGUCGGUGGCCGCAACUCCCUAGGGAAUAAUCCGCGUAUCCUGGAAUCGAAUGCCCUCCUCUCCGACUUCUUCAAUGACUUCCAGAUCUCGGUCUCUGCUGGACUCCUCGCCCUAGGAUCCUCCCCCUUGUUAGCCUCCUCAUAUAGUCUCGGGCUCAGCUCGCGAAGCUUCUCCAUCGCAUUCCACAUGCACUGGAACUUCUUCUCUGCCUCUGCUUGCCUCCGCCUUCGUGCAUGUCGCUGGUGCAAGAACCAAGCUCGCUCAAUCGUUUCGUGCGCCUGAACAGAGGGUAUGGCGCGUUGUAGCCUGCGACCUACGUCGGGCAACCAUGUGCCAGUUGGCGAAGCGCGGUUACGGAUAUUGGUGGGAUAGAGUACGCGACGAAUGAGAUCUUUUCUCGGGUCGGAGGUGUUGAUUUCCUGGCCACCUGCAUGACGAACAGGAGUCUGGCCAACACGGAAUGGUAGACGUGUUUUACGCAAAGAAAGGAAUGUGGAGGCC